CAAAAAACAAGCAAUUACCUUAGAAUAUGGCGAUGGAAAUGUCGUUUUUUCCUUUCGACCCUCUUCGGAGACCUUGCGCUCCCGCCGAUCCGUGCGUGGCUUACUGCAUCGCCGGACAUGAGUCCCAUCGACCCAGUGUGCCUUAAUUAUACCAUUUUUAGCAUGAUGGUGACGGCAACGUCGGAGCGGCGCAGUUCGUUAAAGACGGAGUCCUAAAGUCAAGAUGCCCUAGUAGUUGGAAGGAGACUCAGCUCGAAAUUGCAAACCUUGCAGGUGGUGCACCAAGCUGCUUUUUGUGAACAGUCGGUGUGGUGGGUAGUGAAUCUGAAGGUGCUCGGCUUGCUUUGUGACUCGGCUUCGAUACCAGGGCUAAUCCAUGCAGCUGUUGACUGAUCUGACGAGCGAUCGCCAACGGCAAUGAACGGCCGUUGAGUUCCUUAUCGAUCUGUUCUUUUUCCCUGCGAAUUUCAUCAGCUUCAUGUUUCAAUUCUUCACGUCUCUUUCUCAACUCAUUCUUCCUCUUUUCUAAUUCCUCCUUUUCUUUCUCAGCAAUCCUUCGGCUUUCAAUGGCAUUCCAGUCGACAAUCGUGCUACCCGAUGACAUCAUCGAAUUUUGGCAACAGUUCAAAAUCAAUUUACUUCUCUUCUUCUUCAUUUUAUCGUCGUCCAAUUCCUUAAGCUUCUCAACUGCGUAA